CUAGUGAUGUCUGAAUCUGAAACGCUUCAAACUCUUCACUGUGUUUCUCCGAAGCACUACUAUGAAGUUAUUUUCAACAAAUGUAUUUCAUUCGGGUAUUUGCUGACUCAUUUAUGGUCAUAGAUAAUAUAAAUCGGCCGUUUACAUUAAUAGUACAAUGUGACUAUUUUGGCCGAGUUACCAUGGUUUAAUUUAACCUGAAAAAUUAAAUGUUAUUUAUCCACAAUUCCAAGGUGUGUUUAGGGCUCACAUCAUUUCACAUAUUAAAUGCGCAUCAUCUCCAAAAUUUCGUUCGUGCGCAUUUAAUAUCUUAAAUGUCCACGUUGUACCUGCCAAGCUCAUUGACGUCAUCGUUAAUUAUCAUCACAGUGGAGCAGUGCGUGGGGAGGUGUCUUUUUAAGGCUGCUGAGCAGUAUAUAAUUAUCAUUUUGAUAAACAUUCACCUCACCUCAGAGUCCUCUUCUGAACUUUACUCCUGUAGACUGAAGAAAGGAAAAUGAGCCACCGCUGGACAAAGGUUCCAUUCCAUGGCUGGGGCACGCUCUGGAGUUUGGAAAUGAUCCUGCAAAGUUUUUGGCCAGGAUGAAACAAAAACAUGGAGACAUCUUCACUGUCCGUGUUGCUGGUCAUUACGUGACAGUGCUCUUGGACCCAAACUCUUUCGAUAUGGUGCUUAACGACCCAGUCUCCUUGGACUUUGCUCGCAGCAAAAAGCAGCUCUUACAAAGGAUCUUCUGCCUGCAGCUUCCGAGCAUCAAACCUACAGCAGAGAGGAAACAGAUGGAACAGCAUUUUCAAGGUCUUAACCUCUCUAAGCUCAACAGCUCUAUGAGCGCUCACCUUCAGAAGCUGCUGCUGAGUGACCAGAAAGGCUGCAACCCUUCACCGUGGACAAAAGACGGAUUAUUUAGCCUUUGUUACAGUCUACUUUUCAGGGCUGGAUAUCUGACAUUGUUUGAGAGACAAGACAAUGCUUCCGUAGUUUAUGAAGAGUUUCGCAAGUUUGAUCAUCUUCUCACCAAACUGGCUCGCUGCUCACUCAAAAGAGGAGAAAGCAAAACGGCCAACUUGUCCCGGGAGCGACUGUGGGAGCUUCUCUCACCAAACUGGCUGAGUGGGGGGUCGAAGGCACACUGCUGGCAGCAGAGCUACCACCACUUCCUGCAGGAGGAGGGAGUAGAUGCAGAAAUGCAGAAAAAAGCUUUCCUCCUACAGCUGUGGACCACACAGUGUAAUGCUGGACCUGCAGCCUUUUGGCUCCUUGGCUUCUUGCUCACUCACCCUGAGGCUAUGGAGGCUGUCAAAUCAGAGAUCAGGGGCCUUACCCUCCAGCAACCCCUCACUCACCUGCUGGAGGCAAACAGCACACCUGUGUUUGAUAGCGUCCUGAGUGAGACCCUACGGCGCACCGCAGCCGUGAUGAUCAGCAGGGAAGUGGUUCAGGACAAGAUCCUACGCAUGGCCAGUAGACAGGAGUACCACCUCAGACGAGGGGACAGAGUGUGUCUGUUCCCCUUCCUGAGCCCUCAGAAUGACCCACAGAUACACCAGCAACCACAGAGUUUCAAGUAUGAUCGCUUCCUGAAUGAGGAUAUGACAGUGAAGGAAACAUUCUACAAAGAUGGUAAACAGCUGAAGUACCAUACCAUGCCCUGGGGCGCAGGAGGGAAUGUCUGCGUUGGUAAAGAGUUUGCAGUUUCAGCCCUCAAACAAUUUGUGUUCCUGUUCCUGACUCAUCUUGAUCUGGAGUUGUGCGACCCAGAGGCUAAACUGCCUCCAGUGAACACAAGCCGCUACGGCUUUGGGAUUCUGCAGCCAGACGGAGAUCUGCAGGUCCGAUACAGACUGAAGAAGACACAGCACGAAAUGUGAUUAAACAGAAUGUAAAUAAUGUUGAUUGAUAAACCUUUUUGCUUUAUUUUAUUUUGAAUCACUAUUUAUUCAAUUUUAUACCUAAUCUGUACAUCUUAACCAUAUUUAACUUUGUCGUGUGUUUUAAUAUUUUAAAUAAACAGUAAAAACAAAGCAAA